AUGGUGGGGCUCUCCUCAGUGCCACGACCGGACCAAAGCAGCCUCUUGUACACGCUGCUCUCCCUAUUCCGGGCUUCGUCUAAGGCUGAGCAGAAACGUCUCAUGGUGCUGGUCCACCUGGCAGAUUCUGACCUCACCUGGCUCAGAGAAACCAUCGUCCAUAUUUCAAGCCUCUUUGGCCCACAGAUCUUGGCAGGUCAGUUGCUGCUGAUUCAUGCUCCAUCGGACAUCUACCCCACUGUGGAAGAUGUCAAGGACGAGGCGUAUCAAGGGGAAUUCUACGCCAAGCAGAAUAUAGAUCAUGCCUUCCUCGUGAGCUUUGCCACAAAGCUCUCUGAUUAUUUCCUGUUACUGGAGGACAAUGCCUUUUGUGCCCCCAACUUUGUCACCCACAUUCCUUGGAAGGUGAACACUAUGCGGUCCAACCCAUGGGUGCUGCUGGAGUUCUCUAAUAUGGGCUUCCUUGGCAAACUCUUCCACAGCAGUGACCUCCCCGUCCUGGCCCAUUUCCUUCUCCUGUUCUACAAGGAAAAGCCCCUUGACAGGUUGAUCCCUCAUUUUCGUACCCUCCUGGCCCAGAAAAACCCAAUCCUCUGCAGACCUUUCCUCUUCUACCACAGGAUCUCCUACUUCACCUCUAAUGACAGCCAGAAGGCCACGAUAGUUCAGAAAAAGAACCCCUAUGGUCCUGACAACCCACCUGGAGCCAUUUUCACUGACAUGAAGGUUUUUGAUGUUCAUUUCCCCUGGGAGGCCUACACUCUGGACGAGUCAUUCUUUUGGACCCACAAUGUUAGUGCGGGGAACCACCUGACAGUCAUUUUGAACCAUCCAGCAAACUUGAGCAGAGUGCAAGUGUUGACAGGCACCAUCGUGGAUGGAAAGUAUGCCCUGGAGAAGGGGCAGGUGGAGCUGGGCUACAAUCCCGAGGGGAUGCCUCAAUACUGCACCAGCUUUGCCCUGCUGGGCCGUCUCUUAGAAGGGCAGAUGGAUCAGGAGAUAUUUCUGAGAAGUAUGAGGUACGACGUGAGCUGUGUAAGGCUGGUGGUGAAAGCGAAUCAGGUUGGUGGUCUCAUGAUCAGGCAUAUUCACCUGUGGGAGGAAAACGCCAAAGUGGCAGAAGCAGCUCAGAGUUGA